UCGUUUUGGAAAUAGAGGAAUAAGCGCUUCCUUUUGAACUGCAGACAUCUAGAAAAAUGUCUGCGGAGGAUGAAAUUAAACGUUUGGAAUAUCUGUCUCUCGUUUCCAAGGUGUGCACAGAGUUGGAAAAUCAUUUAGAGAUACGCGAGAAGGAUUUAGCUGAAUUCAUCAUCAGUUUGGCCGAAAAACACCCGGCAUUUGAGGAAUUUAAAGCUGCCCUGUUAGAAAAUGGAGCAGAGUUCACAGAUACUCUUGUUGCUAAUUUACACCGGCUUAUUAAUACUAUGCGGUCCACGCCGUCUACGAGUAAAGGUGAGAAGGACAAAUUGAAGGAGAAAUAUCCUGCUUUAUGUAAACCUGAUGACCCUGUGUGGAUGAUUCCUCCUUCUACCACAGACAACAAUGAUGCAGAGGUGGCUGCAGCUGCAAUGAAGCAGUUGGAAAUGCUGAUGCCUAAUGUCAGUAGAAUAAUCUCAGAUAACAGUGACAGAGGUCGAGAAGCAGACAGAGCAACUGGAUGUAAGCGAGGUCGAUCUCGUUCCAGAUCAAGAGAACGUGUGGGCGAGACCAUUCACAAACGUAGAAGGAAAAGACCAUCUCGCUGGAGUGACUGUCCACCAAGUCCAGUCAAAGACAAGGUGGAGGAGGAGCGCUGUCCUGAUAGACCGUUAGCUCACCCUCUGCCAGAAGAGCCAGUCAUGGGAGACAUCUAUGACGGCAAAAUCAGUAGUAUUAUGCAAUUUGGUUGUUUCGUGCAGCUGGAAGGCCUCAGGAAAUGCUGGGAGGGUCUGGUGCAUGUAUCAGAGCUGCGCAAAGAAGGGCGUGUAGCAAAUGUGGCUGAUGUGGUAGCCAAUGGUCAAAAAGUGAAGGUCAAAGUGCUGCUGUUUACAGGAAGCAAAACAAGCCUCAGCAUGAAGGAUGUUGACCAGGAGACAGGAGAGGACCUGAACCCCAACCGACGAAAAAACCUUGAACCUGGAGUUAGAGAGGAAGUCUUAAGAAACCCUGACCAGCCCACUCAGGCCAGCGUGCUAGAACUAGAGGAAAACUCCUCAGAACACAAACGUCUGACCAAAAUAACUGACCUGGAAAAAUGGGAAAUCAAACAGAUGAUUGCGGCAAAUGUUCUUGCUAAAGAGGAGUUUCCCGAGUUUGAUGAGGAGACGGGAAUCCUUCCCAAAAUAGAUGAUGACGAAGAUCAAGAUGUAGAGAUUGAUCUGGUGGAAGAAGAGCCACCAUUCCUCAGAGGACAAACCAAGUGGACUUUGAACAUGAGUCCAGUCAGAAUAGUGAAGAAUCCUGAUGGCUCCCUCUCCCAGGCAGCCAUGAUGCAAAGCGCUCUCUCUAAGGAGAGGAAAGAGCAGAAGCAGGCGAUGCGUGCAGCAGAGAUGGACUGCAUCCCUACUGGGCUAAACAAGAACUGGAUCGACCCAAUGCCUGAUUAUGAAGGAAGGCAGAUUGCUGCCAACAUGAGAGGCAUCGUAGCGGCAAUGCCCAUUGAUCUUCCAGAGUGGAAGAGAUAUGCCCUCGGAGGAAACCAGGUGUCGUACGGCAAGAAGACAGAACUGUCCAUCCUGCAGCAGAGAGCGAGUCUGCCUAUUUUCAAGCUCAAGGCAGAGCUCAUUCAGGCUGUUCAUGACAAUCAGAUUCUGAUUGUAGUUGGAGAAACUGGGUCUGGUAAGACCACACAAAUCACUCAGUAUCUGGCAGAAGCGGGCUACACAGCCAGGGGGAAGAGGGGCUCCACUCAGCCCGGUCGUGUAGCAGCCAUGUCAGUGGCCAAGAGAGUCUCUGAGGAGUUUGGGUGCCGUCUGGGUCAAGAGGUGGGUUACACUAUCCGUUUUGAAGACUGCACCUGUACAGAGACGGUUAUCAAGUACAUGACCCACGGCAUGCUGCAGAGGGAGUGUCUGAUCGACCCAGACAUGAGUCAGUACGGAGUCAUCAUGCUCGACGAGGCCCAUGAGAGAACAAUUCACACUGAUGUGCUGUUUGGUCUGUUGAAAAAGACGAUACAGAAACGCAAAGACUUGAAGCUGAUUGUGUCCUCUGCUACACUGGAUGCCGUCAAAUUCUCCCAGUAUUUCUUUGAAGCCCCCAUCUUCACAAUCCCAGGAAGAACUUUCCCAGUUGAAAUUCUCUACACCAGAGAGCCAGAGACGGACUACCUGGAUGCCAGUCUCUUAACGGUCAUGCAGAUCCACUUGACAGAACCACCAGGUGACAUCCUGGUGUUUCUAACUGGACAGGAGGAGAUUGACACGGCCUGUGAGAUCCUUUAUGAACGGAUGAAGUCACUGGGCCCUGAUGUUCCUGAGCUGAUUAUUCUGCCAGUUUAUUCUGCUCUGCCCAGUGAGAUGCAGACCAGGAUCUUUAAUCCUGCACCUCCAGGCAGCAGAAAGGUCAUCAUCGCCACAAAUAUUGCCGAGACGUCUCUGACCAUUGAUGGUAUCUUCUAUGUAGUGGACCCAGGUUUUGUUAAGCAGGUCGUAUAUAAUUCCAAGACUGGCAUCGAUCAGCUUCUGGUGACCCCGAUAUCACAGGCACAAGCAAAGCAGAGGUCGGGUCGAGCUGGCAGGACAGGCCCCGGAAAGUGCUACAGACUCUACACAGAAAGAGCCCACAGAGAUGAAAUGCUAGUGUCCAACGUUCCAGAGAUCCAGAGGACAAACUUGGCCAGCACUGUGCUGUCUUUAAAGGCCAUGGGUAUCAAUGACCUCCUGGCCUUUGACUUCAUGGAUGCUCCUCCCAUGGAGACUUUGAUCACAGCUAUGGAGCAGCUGUACUCACUGGGAGCUCUGGAUGAUGAGGGUUUACUGACAAGGCUGGGCAGAAGGAUGGCAGAGUUUCCUCUUGAACCCAUGCUGUGUAAGAUGUUGAUUAUGUCUGUCCACCUGGGCUGCAGUGAAGAGAUGCUCACCAUAGUGUCAAUGCUGUCUGUUCAGAACAUUUUCUACAGACCUAAGGAAAAGCAGGCCCAGGCUGACCAGAAGAAGACCAAAUUCUUCCAGCCUGAGGGAGACCACCUCACUCUUUUGGCGGUUUACAACUCCUGGAAGAACAACAAGUUCUCUAACCCCUGGUGUUUCGAGAACUUCAUCCAGGGGAGAUCCCUUAAGAGGGCUCAAGACAUUCGAAAACAGAUGCUGAGCAUCAUGGACAGGCAUAAGUUGGACGUGGUUUCUUGCGGAAAAAAUACAGUGCGAGUCCAAAAAGCGAUCUGCAGCGGUUUCUUCAGAAACGCGGCCAGGAAGCAUCCUCAGGACGGGUAUCGUACCGUUAUUGACCAGCAGGUGGUGUACCUGCACCCGUCCAGCACGCUCUUCAACCGACAGCCUGAGUGGCUUGUGUACCACGAGUUGGUACUGACCACUAAAGAGUACAUGAGGGAGGUGACCACCAUCGAUCCCCGCUGGUUGGUGGAGUUUGCUCCAGCCUUCUUCAGAAUUGCCGACCCCACUCGCCUCAGCAGACAGAAGAGGCAGCAGAAACUGGAACCUCUCUACAACCGAUACGAAGAACCGAACGCUUGGAGAAUCUCUCGUGCCUUUAGGCGACGAUGAAAAUGUUAAAGUUUUCAUUACUACAGCAUGUAUUAUGUGGUUUUAAUACAAAUUCUUAUCAUUUGUCUGUAAUUUAACUAAUUUGAUUUCAACUAUUUUUUUAUUAUCACAGUAAAUCACUGGUGCACUUUAA